ACCCACACAAAAGAAAGUCCAAAUAUGGAGUCCCUCCUGGAGGCGAUUCACGGUGGCCAGUACGAGGUGGUCCGGGCUGCACUCGAAAGCCCUGACCUAGAUCUGGACUACCAAGAUCCGACGCGUGACGGAAACAGUGCGCUGCAUCUUGCAUCCACAGCCAAACACAAUAAGACGCGUCUGAUCGAGCUACUGAUCGACGCCGGUGCCGACUGCGAUCUUCGUAACCAUGCUGAUCUAACACCGGCGGAACUUGCGCUCGACAAGGGUUCGCAUUAUGUGGCCGAGUUUAUGCUGUGUAAGGAGCUGGACGGAGUACCGGACGAGCGAGCCCUGCAACGGCUGAUUCGACGUGGGUCGGUGGAGUUGUUGAAGAUCUUUCUCGAAAAGCGAGCCUUUGAUAUUCACACCAAGAUGAAACUGUACGCUGGGCUGUUGGAUGAGUUGACUGUGAAGGGAGUUACGAUCGAUCGGUCGAUGCGCGUCUUCCUCGAGUACGAGCUGAUCGCACACAGCUACGAGGAGGUUGGGGGCGAGGGAAGUGUUGCCAGACAGCGAAGACUCGGUGCGGCCGGUGGCGCAAGCUCGAAACGGAAGGCCGACGGUAAAGUGCAGAACAGCACGGGCGAAACAGAGGCUGACAGGCGCAUAGAGUUAGUGCUAAGCUAUACCAAAUACUUGACCGAUCGGUACGAUCCCGACAACCUGAACGAUCUGGACGACGAGUUUGUGGUGCGGCUGAGAGCUAUCUGCGAGAGUCUGUACUAUUUGGAUGGGUUGGAAUGUUGUGGCCGUUCCGACUGGAAGCUGUUGAAGAUGAUCCCUUUAGGCGAGCUCAGCUAUUUGUGCAGUGUGUUCCUGUCCAUUCUGGAGAAAACCGUUGGGUUCGAGAUAUACAAGCUGGUGCUGAAUAAGAACAUGAUCGUGACGUUUUUGCGUGCAGUAAGCGAAGAACUCGGGACGCUGGUUAAGGGCGGCACAGUGCCACGCUCGGUACGAUCAGAUCGAUCGUUUCAGUGGACACCGCAGCUGUUGCUCGAUCUCAUCGUCUGCAUUCGCGAACAGAAGCUGUCACAGUACGUCGCCCGGAGACGGCGGGCCAGCGUUGAUCUGCAGCGCAUCGCCACGUCCACCGGUCCCCUGGCGGCAUCCGACCACGACCUGAUACUGGCCGAGCUAGGCCGUCGCGAGCUAGCCACUCUGCAGGAAGGCGUUCUGGAACGCGACACCAAAUGGGGUGUAGCGGACUAUGUCCUCUAUCUGCGCGGUGAGGCCGACCAUCCACCGGUGGCGGUGGGGCAACUUUGGCACCGAUACCAUCCGAAGCUCCGCCUCUCGAAGCGACAGGUGGCGUAUGCGGCGAGCAGGCGCGAACUCUUGGCAAAGAUUCGGGCCCGCCGGUUGGACGAGCUGAGCCGCAACAAGACGAAGCUGCUCGAGAAGGAGCUGGGUGCGCGCGAGCUGCAGGGCUCUCCGAUGGCAAGGACGGUACGGCGUCGGCAUCGCAUCGUGUUCGGACAGAUUCGGCGUACGUAUGAGCAGAUUUGGCAGAUGCACACGGUAAAGCGGAUUGCGUACUACGUCGAGAAUGCGCUCGUCAUCGAUCUGGACGAUCGUUCGAACGCGACACUCUGUCUGAUGGCGAUCCAGCGUGUGAUGCAGUUCGUGGGGAAUGCUGGCAAGGAGUCGCAGCAUCAUCAGGCGACUUUUUCCCGCAUGUUGAGCAGUUUGCUGGAUCACGCACUAUCACCACUAUCCUCCACGACACCCGAUGACGUUGACCACCGGGAAAUGUUUUCGUCACGUUGUACCGUGGGCAAAUAUUUCCUCAGCAAAGCACUCACAGGCGAACAGGUGAAAGGUGUACAGGAACGGUUGAAAGCGGUGUAUCGGUUCUGUCUGUACGUCAUCAACAUCCAGCUGAUAGAGGCGUACAAAACGUUCCUCGGGACGGCGUACCGGUUGCGCAACACGGACCAGCUGCAAUCGUACGCACGGUACAUUGGGGAGCACAAUCUACACACGCUCAGUCACAUCAAGUUUGAGCACGUGUUCUACGACGAGAAGGAGACGGCCCGGAUUGUGCACGAGCUGAAGAAGAUGUACAUCGGAAUGUCGAACGAGCUGAAGCUGUUGUCGUUUAUUGAGAAAAACAUUCACUUCCGGUUCUAUCACAUGCAGUACCACCAGACGCGACUACGGGUGACACUGUCCAACUUUGCCAUUGUUUAUAGGGCGUUGAAAGCGAAUCCGGAUUAUGGGUGUGUGCGAAGGUUGCUGCAUUCGUAUCUACAUCAGAGCUACCAGAAGUACGACAUCUCGCGAUCGAUCUCGAUCUCGGAUGCAAACCUUGCGCUGAAGGAGCUUCUCCGGCCGUACAGCAGUAUUAGCGAGAACGAGGACACGCUGAAGGUGGUUCGCCAUCUAGAACAGCUUCAGAAUCUGAUGGAUCCCGAUCGGCUGUUCGGUAUUAGUCCGGUGCGAUGUGAAAGAGCGCAUACUUCGUUGGAGACAGUACGAUAUCAGAAGUAUACCCGCAAACUGUUGAAAGAACUGAACGCACCAACGUUGAACGAUGAAGAAUUCCAGCAAUUGCAUGAAAAGCUAAGCCGAUCGUACUAUGGAAACAUCUUUCUACUGCAACAACGCUACCACACGCUGGAAGAAUUUUUCCGCACAAAGCAAACUCCGCUAGACGAAAGCGAUCUUCACGCCCGACGAGAAAGUGAUGAGGAAAUGCUACAAGAACUAUUCGAUUCGAAGGUGAACGAUGUGGUAGAAAUACUGGAGAAGUUUGAAUGUACAGAUGUGCAGAAUUUGUGCGAUGUGCUCGAUGAAAUCCCACCCGUCGUACUGUUCGCACUCGAAUACGGUCUUCUAGAACUGCUCGAAAUUCUCACCUCCGUGAACGUGAUCGGUACGAACCGUUGGCAUACGUUGCAGAGCAGUACCGCCGUGCUGAGUGGCCACACCCUAAAAACGUUCCUUGCCGGUGGACGCGAAUCGUUGGUGCUCGAAAGUCUCACACUCAAGUCAAACGCAACCAUCUUCCUGAACGCGAUCGUCUUCAAGAACCAUCCGUACGAACUGUACGGUGGAAGACCGGAUGGACGACACUUCAACAAACCGAAACCGUCAGUUUCGUGUUACGCGGACAAAUUUGCCAAUCGGUUACGGUGGGUCGAACAGCAAAGCACCCUGUACGAAUCGAUUCGGACAGGUGAAAUGGAGCUGCGCACGCUAAGGCGGCAGGUGCACGAAGGGGCCGAGAUCGGUGGCAAACGGUUCGGUUCGUUGAUGCCCAACGAGAUGUGUCAUUAUGGUUUAAUUGAUUGUGCCAUUGCCGGUGACUUCCGGGCGAUGAUCGAUCUGCUGACAGUGGCUGACCUGCGGACGUGCGAGAGUGAUCGGCAGAAGCUGUUGCGGUAUCUGCUGCGCCGUACAACAAAGUCACACUUUAUGGUGGAAGCGUUGGAACAGAUGAAGGUGGAAGAUCGUCAAACGCUGGUGCUGUAUCUGUGCAUGUUCCAGGGUGAUGUGGGGCUGUUCCGGAAGUAUCUUGACCGUUUCAACGCACACGGCGAGCUGCAUUUGUUUGUGAAUUCUGAAGAUCAUCGAUUUGUGCAGGCGCUGUUGGGUGAGCUGGGUGCUGACUACGAUUGGAGCCGUACAGAUGCGAACGGGAUGACAAUUUUGCACAAGCUAGUAAAUGCGGGCAAUCUUGCGGCUGUUAAGGAUCUUACUGGAAAGAUGACUCACGAGCAGCUGAAUUCUCUUUGUAGCAUGAAGUACUCUGCGUUGAAUCUAGCGGCCCGAUUGAAUCUGAUCGAGAUCGUUCGGGUGUUGGUCGCUACCGGAAUCGAUCUGAAUGUGAUGAGUGAAGAUGAAAAGCUGCCAGUCUUCUGGAUGAUUCAGUACGGUAACCCACGCUCCAUCGUUCAACAGACGAUCGAUGCGGCAACCGAUCUGACAGCUUUCUCCAGUGAGCUGUGCCUACUGCAUCGAGCGAUCGAGUACGAUAAUGAGGAUGUGUUGCGCUACCUGAUAGAGGACUGCAAGGUGGAUCCAACACGCAUCUACUCGAACUGUAACAACGUGCUGCACGUGGCGGCUGGGUUCGAUCGGAGUCGUAUCCUGAGCUACCUGCUCACGAUACCGGGUCUACGGAAGAUCGUCAACAAUUGUAAUUUGGUGAAGAACAGUCCGCUUAAUAUUGCCUGCAAGGAAGGAUACAUUCGUUCAGCGCGAGUUUUGCUGGAACAUGGUGGAGCGAAUACGGAUCUGUGCGGCGAGUAUGGGCUUAAUGCACUCGCAUUUGCAAUGUACACCAACAAUGUAAAGCUGGCGCGAUUUUUGUUCCGAUACAAUGCGACGAUCGGUAAUGCGCUUAGUUCGGACUUUCAACCAAUCAAUAUGGCGAUACGGCAUCGGAACAUCCGGAUGCUGAAGCUGCUACUGCGACGUGGUGUGGACGUGAACAGUGCUCCACUGUGCUUUAUAAACGCGGUAUACGCACGCUCGCGUGAUAUAGUUCAGCUGUUGACAAGCCGUGGUGUGAAGCACGUAAACCAUCGGGACGAGUUCUGUCAAACGGCACUGCAUCUGUGUGUGGAGCGUGACGAGUACGAGAUGGCACGGGAUCUGAUCCGGUACGGUGCACACAUCAACGCCAAGAACCGAUCCGGCAUGACACCGCUACAUCUCGCCGUUCAGCGUGGUAAUGUCCGGCUGGUGCAGCUUCUGCUUGACCACAAAUGUUCGGUGGACGAGCUUAACUAUCACGGCGAAACGCCACUAAUCCGGGCGGUCGUUAGCAACAACAUAACGAUCGUGAAGAUCCUGCUCAACAAUGGUGCUAGUAUCGAGCGGCUUCGCAACAGUGAUCCACCGGUGCUGCUGUAUCUGGUGCAGGAAAAUCACGAAGAAAUACUGGACUAUCUGCUCGAACACUAUCAGUUCAAUGCGAACGAGCAGGAUGCGUACGGGAAUACGCUGCUGUACGUCGCGACACAGCACAACCAUAUCAACAUCGUAAAGCUGCUGGUGGACAAGUACCACGCCAAGACGAACCCGACCAACCACAAGAAGCUAACGCCACUGAUGAUUGCGCGCGUCAAGGAGUACAAGGAGAUCUUCCACUUCCUGGAGGCGCGUCUUCUCGUGGAGGAGUAAACGUUUUUAUUGCUGGAAUUUAUUGCU